GAUACAUAACUCUGCUGCACAUUUUUCUUUUUUAUUCAUAGGAGCCACGAAGGUAGUACAAAGAAGGAGAGGGGGGAUUGUGACCUAUGAUUCACAACACCUCAAUCUUAAUUACUAGGCCAAGAUAUCCUUGGUUGAUGCACAUCUUAUUAGACAGCCCUUGAUAGGCAAUUAGGCAAAAAGUUUAAAAGAGACUUAAUAAAAUGUUAACAUAGUCAAGUGGGGGCAAAGACGCAGAGUAUUUAACUUGAAUAAACAUGAUAAUUUUAGUAGACAUUAGGAUAUAAAAAAAGACACGUAAAAUUUUCAGUGGAUCUAGACAUCUAAUGAGUAAGUUGAUGAUUAAUUUGUAAGUUUUUUUUUUCUUUAGAGCUUAGGAUUUAGCUGAGUGACUAAAACUUGUCCCAAGUUCCAAAAUGUUCAAGAUGAAAUAAAUUGCAUUUAAGUACCGAUGUUGUGAGGUACGAAGUCGUUGUGCAAGUGUCACUUCACCAUUCAAGUUAGUAUCAAUUAUUUUCUUACCGUCAAAAAAAAAAAAAAAAAUUAUUUUCUUAGUACAAACUACAAAGGGGGAACAUUCACCAACCACCCAAUCCUAUCACACAUUCAUCAGUCAUCACGAUCAAUGUCUAUAUUAACGAGUAAUCAUAUUGCAAAAGAAUUCAUUCUUUCAAAAAAAAAAAAAAUAUUGCAAAAGAAUUCAACUUGAACAUGAAGCUGUUUAUGGCAACGCAUCACUUGUGCCUAACUUUGUACUCAAUUUCCUUAAUAAACGUAGUACUAUUUUGUGGUCUAUUCAUAAACUAUGAGCGAGGUGAUGUAAGUAAUGUCCAAUGGAUAGAAAAGGUAGCAAAAGAAGUUGGAGAAGUGGAAUCAAUUUCAUGUUCCGGGCAUGGAAAGGCUUUCUUGGAUGGCUUCGUUGAUAGGGAUGGAAAACCAGUGUGUGAGUGCUAUGCUUGUUUCGCUGGCCCUGAUUGCUCCCUUAGCACUCAUCCAUGCGUUGCUGAUGCCGAUAGUGGAAAUCCGAUGUUUAUGGAGCCCUUUUGGACGAGCAAGGAAAUUAGCGGAAUGUUGGUGCCAGGAUGGCAUAGAAUGGGUUAUACUUACCCUAACGAACUUGCCAUGUCACUGGAGCUAGAGAAAUACAUCCGCAAAUUGCACGAGUUGGCUGGGAACGCAAUUACUGAAGGAAUGCACAUUGUUUUUGGCACUGGCUCAACUCAACUUUUUAAUGCUGCUGUUCACGCCCUCUCCUCCUCUUCACAUUCCAAAUCUGUGCUCGUGGUUGCCUCCAUCCCCUAUUAUCUGCUAUACAAAGAGCAAACUGAUUUCUUCCAGUCUCGAUUAUACAACUUUAGUGGUGAUGCAACCUUAUGGAAGAACAAAACACAAUCUGCAAAGGCUACUUAUAUAGAAUUUGUGACCUCGCCGAACAAUCCUGAUGGGGAGCUGAAGGAGGCCAUUCUUGAAGGGCCCUCAGUUAAAACAAUAUACGAUCGUGUUUAUUAUUGGCCUCUUUACACUCCGAUUCCAGCGCCGGCAUCGGAAGAUUUGAUGCUUUUCUCCAUUUCCAAGUUAACCGGUCAUGCUGGUAGCAGAUUUGGGUGGGCCUUGGUAAGGGAUAACGUUGUACACCAAAAAAUGAUUGAUUAUGUGAUGUAUAACACAUUGGGUGUAUCACAGGACACCCAAUUGCGAAUUUUAAAGAUUUUGAAAGCCGUUAUUGAGGGAGGUGGGAGGGAAAUUUUUGAAUUUGGGCAGAAGAUAAUGGAGGAAAGGUGGAAAAAAUUGAAGGUAACGUUUUCUGCGUCAUCUCGUUUCUCCCUCCAACAUGUACCUUCUCGGUUUUGCACUUUCUAUCAACGAGUUAGAGAACCUUCUCCAGCAUAUGCGUGGGUGAAGUGUGAAAGGGAAGAAGAUUCAGAUUGCUAUGAAGUACUUAAAGCAGCGGACAUCCUCGGUCGUAAAGGUCAAUCAUAUGGGACUGAAAACCAAUAUGUGCGCCUCAGCUUAAUAAAAAGCCAACGUGAUUUUGAUUUGCUUCUUCAAAAACUAGAAAUGUUGAUGUCCAUCAGCAAGGAUGAAGCAAUAAUUAAGGGCUAAGCUAAUGUAUGCUACAACCCCCGGACCCCAUUUUCAUAAGGAAAUGAACUUAGACCAAGAAUUAUCUUAUUGGUUACUUAUCUCUAUGUAUACAUAUAUACUAUACUUUAUCUUGUUAUUGAAUAACAAAUAAAAUUUAUAUAAAAUGUUGUCUAACGAUUACAAAUGACAUUAAUAUUUUUGUGUUUCAUGUAUACAUGAUAUAUUUUCUA